AAGAGAGGCGAGCACUGAGGAAAACGCUCCGGCGGAGGCGGCGGGUUGGAGACGCGGCUGGUGGCACCGCAGAGGCACGACAGCGCGGCGGGCUGAAGCUUCGCUGUGAGAGGUGAACAUGCGAUCCCGCAGCAACAGUCCGGAGGACGUAACCAAGGCAACGGCGGACACACGCAAGAGAUCAGAAGAGCGGGACGAGCCAUCGGGGAGGGCUGAACGCCGCAGCCGACAGCGGGAGCCGCCGGACGACACCGGCACCAUUCAGCGGAAUCCCAAGAAGGCCAAGAACGGCGCCUGUGCUGGCGCCACUGGGACUGGGACUGGGACUGGGACUGGGAGCAGCAGCACCAGCGGAGCUGCAAAAGGCGGUCGGAGGGAGAAGGGCGGGGACCUUUCCCGAGACGACCUGGUCUUUCUCCUGAGCCUGCUGGAGGGAGAGCUGCAGGCCAGGGACGAGGUGAUCACGGUGCUGAAGGCCGAGAAAAUGGACAUGGCCCUGCUGGAGGCCAAAUACGGCUUUGUCACGCCGCAGACAGUCCUGCAGUCCCUGCAGAGGGACGCCAUCCAGGGCAAAGCGGACAUCUUCCAGGAGGACAUCUACGAGAAGCCCAUGGUAGAGCUGGACAAGUUGGUGGAGAAGCAGAGGGAGACGCACCGGCGGAUGCUGGAGCAGCUGCUGAUGGUGGAGCAGUCGCACAAACAGGCCCUGUACAAGCUUGAGGACGAGAAGAGGAACCAUGGAGAGUUCAUGAAGAAGAGCGACGACUUCACCAACCUGCUGGAGCAGGAGCGCGAGAGGUUGAAGCUGUUAAUUGAUCAGGAUAAGGCCUACCAAGAAAGAAAGGACGACGAGAAUCACCAAAAGGUCACAAGUCUGAAGGAGGAGCUGACAAAACUCAAGUCGUUUGCGUUGAUUGUUGUGGAUGAACAGCAGCGUCUCACCGAGCAGCUGAAUCAGCAAACGGCGCAGGUCCAGGAGCUGAGUGCCAGUGCGUCACGAGCCCAGGAGGAGCUGAGCUCAGCUAAUGCCCGUCUGCAGGAAGAGCAGCAAAAGGUCUUUCGCCUGGAGGCUGAGCUGCGUGACCAAGGCGCUCGUUACCAUCAGGAACAAGAGGCAAUGACGGCCAAACUGACCAGCGAGGACGGCCAAAGCAGGCAACUGCGCCAGAAGCUGUCGACUCUCAGCAGGCAGCUGGAUGAGCUGGAGGAGACCAACAAGACCCUGCGUCGAGCUGAGGAGGAGCUGCAGGAGCUGAGGGACAAAAUCAGCCUGGGUGAGUGUGGAAACUCCAGCCUCAUGUCUGAGCUCGAAGAGCUACGCAAAAGGGUCCUUGAAAUGGAGGGCAAGGACGAAGAGCUGAUCAGAAUGGAAGACCACUGCAGGGACCUCAACAAGAAACUGGAGAAGGAGGCCAAUCAAAGCCGGAGCUUGAAGGCUGAGCUUGAUAAACUGAACCACAGAAUUAUGGACUUGGAGAAAUUAGAGGACGCGUUCAGCAAGAGCAAACAAGAAUGCAACUCACUGAAAAGUAACCUGGAGAAGGAGAGGACAGUGUCCAAGGUCCUGACCAGUGACCUGGAAGUCUUGAAGGUCAGGGUCAAAGAACUGGAGGCCGCUGAAAGCCAACUGGGAAAGACAGAGCUGACCCUGAAGGAAGAUCUAACCAAGUUGAAGACUCUGACAGUCAUGCUGGUGGAUGAGAGGAAAGGCAUGGCCGAGAAGCUGAAGCAAAUGGACACCAAGGUCCAGAGCAGCACUGGCAAACUUCAGGCUGAGCAGGACAAGGUUACGUCAGUCACAGAGAAGCUAAUUGAGGAGAGCAAGAAAGCGCUGAGGUCCAAUGCUGAGCUGGAGGAGAAAAUGUGCAGCGCUACAAAGGAAAGGGAUGACUUGAAGGCCAAGUUGCUCGCUGAAGAGAAAAAGAGCAACGAUUCAGAGUCUAAAAUCAACAUGAUGAAGAAAAGGUUGCAAUCGCUUGAGAACAUAGAAAGAGAACACGUGAGGAGCAAAGCUAAAGAGGAGAACAUCAAAGCACCCAUUGCGUACCGCUUCCAGCAAGAAGACAACAAAGUGAAGGACUUGACGCAGGAGGUCGAGCGCCUCAGACACAACUUAAAGGACAUGAUGGCGGUAGAGGGAGACCUCCUAAAAACCGAGGCGUUUGAAUCCCUGGAGAAAAGAUUCACCAAUGAACAAGAAAAAGGUAGAGCCUUGAUGGAAGAGCUGGACAUAUCCAGAAAUGAACUUUCAAAGUACCAACUGGCUGAAAAGAAAGAGUGCAACCAGGAGCAUGUUCUUUACAAACGCCUGAAGGACGAGGAGGCAAAGUCCAGUCAUUUGACCAGAGAGGUGGCGGCUCUGAAAGAGAAGAUUCAUGAAUACAUGGGAGCAGAGGAGUCGUUCUCACACAUGAAAACUGACCACUCUGCCCUGCAGAGGAAACUGACCCAGCAGGAGGUCCGGAACAAAGAACUGGCCAGAGAAAUGGAGACACUCACGAGGGAGCUUGAGAGAUACAGGCGCUUCAGCAAAAGUCUUCGUCCCGGCAUGAAUGGAAGGCGCUUUUCCGACCUUCAUGUUUCAACCAAGGAAGUUCAAACGGAGCCCCCUGACGGCGCGUUUCCCGGCUGCACGACAACGGCACCGCUGGAGCGACCCGCGGUGAACGGGAAGCUGUACGACGAGAGCGAACCUGGGGAUAACGCCAAUUACAGCAACGAGAUUCAGCUCACCAAGUGCAGCCCGGCACUGAUUACCAAUGUCAACAACCUAAACAACUUGAGAAGAGCCCGAGUCCCGUUCCUGAAAAACAAAGACGUCAACGGGAAAGUGCCGCCGCGGCAGAACGGCAACCACGUUCAGCCGGGAGACGUCGUGCUGACCCACAGUCCCGGGCAGCCUCUGCACAUCAAAGUGACUCCCGACCACGGACUCAACACAGCAACGCUAGAGAUCACCAGUCCCACCGCGGAGAACAUCCAGUCGUUCACCAGCACUGCCGUCAUACCCACAAGCGGAGGUCCACCCAAACAGAGAAUUACCAUCAUCCAGAACGCUUCUAUUUCCCCGACCGCUAAAUCCCUUUCCCCGAAAUCCAAAGGUUCCCCGAUCUCCGACGAGCUGUGUUCCCCCGACAGGGCUCUAUCCCCAUUCGCUGUGGCCACGUACUCCAGAGCAAUGACUCCGGACUCCUGUGGCUCCGUGACCCCAGACAGAGCCAUGUCACCGAUACAGAUCGUGUCAGUGAUGACGGGCACCCCCGAACGCUCCAUCUCCGCGGAGCCGGCGGAGGUCCUUGGAGGGCACGCCAUCUUCCGCGUGACCCCAGAAAGGCAGAGCAACUGGCAGGUCCAGAGGUCAAACAGCUCCGGGCCCAACGUCAUCACCACGGAGGACAACAAAAUCCACAUUCACUUAGGCAGCCCCUUCAUUCAGAGCUUCAGCACGCCGUCACAAACACUGAGUCCAUGCCACACACCCGGACCCCCGGAGCAAAGGACUCCGACUGCAAACUGCAGCGCUCCUGCUGCAAAAGGCAACAGCAAAAUCACAAGUAGCAUCACAAUUAAGCCCACCUCCACCCCAAUCCAAAGACCAUCACAAAUUACAAUUCCUCUAGAAGCAAUCCGGCGCCCGGGACCCACGAGAAUCCCCAAGCCAAAGGGCUUCAGCUGCCAGAAGGGCACCAGCGGCACGGCGGCGAACCCGGGGCCGCGGAGCAAGGGUCAGCCGCCAGGCGCUCCUCCGGUCAGCGGGAACGAUCAGCACAACAACAACAACAACAACCCAAAUCUGGUGAACCGCCGACUGUGAUGCCACAUUAUGUUAAAGCUGUCAGCUUACAUCAUUCUCAAAGUCACAUGCGAUAAUGAACUAAAUAACAGAUGAGACAAAAGAGAAAAGAAUAAUCAUAGUAGAGUAAAGUUCUGUAGUCUUAAGAAUAUAACUGUUCCACUAUUACCUAAUCUUCACCUGCGGUGCUCUGAAGACUCCAACACACAUCAGUGUUUUGGGUCAAUGUGUUUAAUGUCUCCACGCUGCUUUAUCUGUCAAAAAACUCACCAAAAAUGUAAAAAGUAGUUCCAAUGUCACAGAUUGGUGUGAAGUUAGAAGUUAUACUUGAUCAGUAGGUACGCUACAUGUUGUUCUAUUGUCAUCAUUUUGUAUUGAUCUCUCAGUAAUGAAGAUGUUUAGUCGGCGUACUGACAAUGAUGCAGCAAUUAAAUGAGAUUUUUAAUUAUUGUGGCAAUAAUGUACAUAAGUGUAUAAGUGAUGUGUCGUAAUGCAGCUACUUGACAGUGAUCAUAUCUGAAAUGUGUCAAUAAACUUUUUAUACCUGGAA